AUGGACGGACAGUACAAUAGUGGUGUGCAUAAUGAGUUGGACCUCUUCAUGUCAAGCAAACACAACCACCUAUUCCAGGACAACCAUAAUGAUGAGAUGGAUGGCCUUCUUGAAGCCACUAAUGUCAUGGGCAACACUAAUGAUGCCAACGUUGUUGAUGCAGACCAUGACAACAAUGAUGGAGAGACCCACAGUGAGCAAAGAAUGGACACAAGAAGUGCCAAUUAUCACUGUCUGCGCAGUGAACAAAUCCUACAACUUGAAGCGUACAAUACAUACUCAAUCAAUGUUUCUGUGUUCCGGGACUGCCCUUAUCCAGAUGAGAAACUUCAGAAGGACCUUAGCGAGAGGCUUGGCAUGAAUGCCCAGCAGGUCAAGUUUUGGUUCCAAAACAAACGCACCUUCAGUAAGGGCAAGAUGCAGCGUUGGGAGACCCAAAAUCGUUGGGUAGAAAAUGAGAGGCUGAAAACUGAACGUCAAGCCAUCAUGUUGGCUAUGCAAAACAAGACUUGCCUCAAAUGCAGAGGGGUGAUGGUACAAUCUCAGGGUACCUCGGAGCGCGAGCGCCUAUACACCGAGAAUAUGAGGCUCAAGGAAGAACUCCUACAUGCCACUGCCUAUCUUAAAGAAGGUCUUCGCCGAAAUGGCAUGUUGCUCCCAUGGGCCCGCAACUGA